AUGUGUGUCGAUUACCGCAGAUUAAACAGUGUUACCAAAACAGAUCAAUAUCCCAUUCCUCGUUUCCAUCAGAUUGAAUUAGCAACAGAUGAUGAUAAACAGAAAACAGCAUUUCGUAGCCAUUUAGGGCCGAAACAAUAUAAACGUAUGCCAUUUGGUCUUAAGAACGGUAGUGCUAUAUUUCAACGUGUUAUGGAUAAAAUUUUGAAACAAUAUAAUUGGAAGUUAGCAUUGGUUUAUGUUAAUGACCUAAUUGUAUCAAGUGUUACAUUUGAAGAACAUUUAGAUUAUUGUGAUAAAAUAUUAAAAUUAUUAAUAGAUGCAAAUAUAACUAUGAGUUUAAAAAAAUGUCAUUUAUUUCAACAACAUGUGCAAGCAUUAGGUCAUAUUAUAUCUAAUUUAGGUUUAUCAACAUGUGAAGAAAAGAUGCAACAAUUUUUGGGGUUAGCUACAUACUAUCGUCGUUUUAUAAAACAUUUCGCCACAAUAGCAAAACCAUUGACAAGAUUAUUAACUAAAGAUAAACCGUUUAUUUGGACAGAUGUAGAACCAGCUGCAUUUGAAGCAUUAAGAACUGCAUUAAUUACGGCUUCAGUUUUAGCACAGCCAAAUUUUAGUCAACCAUUUCGUCUUUAUACGGAUGCAAGUAACGUUGGGAUAGGUGCUAUUCUUGGACAAGUACAAAAUGAUGAUACUGAACGCGUUAUUUGUUAUAUAUCAAGACAAUUAAAUGCAGCUGAACAGAAUUAUAGCGCCACUGAAUUAGAAUGUUUAGCUAUUGUCUGGUCAUUAAACAAAUUACAUACAUAUUUAGAUGGUUCGAAAUUUGAAUGUAUUACAGAUCAUAGUGCAUUACGAUGGUUAUUUGACUUCAACGGGCAUAAUAAACGUUUAUUAAGCUGGUCACUCAGUAUACAAAAUUACCGUGAUACAAUGAAAAUAGUUCAUAAACCAGGUAAAAAACAUAAUAAUGUUGAUCCAUUAUCUCGUAAUCCAUUACCAGUAAUUAAUAAUAUAACAUCAAUCUCACUAUCACCAGAAGUUAAACAACAAUUUGUAUCCUCUUAUUUGCAAGAUGAUUAUUUCUUAAAUAUUAUCGAAUUAAUUAAACAAGAUGGCUCACCAUUAAUAAAAGAAAUAAAACAGAAAAUUAAAGAUUAUUUAUAUCAGGAUGGUCUGUUAUAUUACUUUGAUUCAGAAACAAAAAGUUAUCAGUUAUGUGUACCAAGUAAUUCAGAUUUAAAAUUAAAGAUAUUACAUGAUUCACAUGAUGCACCUGUGGCGGAACAUUUUGGUUAUUACAAAACAUCUAUGUUAAUCAAACAAUCUUAUUAUUGGCCUCGUAUGUCAAGGGAUAUAAAAAAGUAUGUUUUUAGCUGUCAGUCAUGUCAACGAAAUAAAGCUAUGAAUCAACAACCAUUUGGUCAACUGCAGUCAUUAGCUAUACCAAAAGGGAGAUGGGAACAAGUGACGAUGGACUUUAUUGUUGGCUUACCCAAGACAGCAGCUGGUCAUGAUUCAAUUAUUGUUUGUAUUGAUCGGCUCACAAAACGAGCUUAUUUUAAACCAAAUAAAUUUCAGGCAACUGCAGUUGACACAGCGACACUUUUCUUCGAAACAAUAUUUCGUCAUCAUAGUUUACCGAGAAUUAUUAUAAGUGAUCGUGAUCCUAAAUUCACAAGUUUAUUCUGGCAAACUCUGUUUACUUGUAUAGGAACAAAACUUUCAUUAUCAACAGCAUUUCAUCCACAAACAGAUGGACAAAGCGAAAGAUUAAAUAGAACUGUAGAAGAAAUGUUACGGCAUUAUGUAACACAACAACCAGAGAAAUGGGAUGAAACAUUAACACAAAUAGAAUUUGCUUAUAAUAAUUCGAUACAAACAUCGACAGGUUUUAGUCCAUUCUUUUUAGACACGGGCCAUGCAUCACAAACAGCAACUGACUUUUUAAACGAUAUGCAACAAAAUCUUGAAGCUGCACAAAAUUCAAUAUCAAAUGCUCUACUUAAACAAGCUAAAUAUUAUAAUAAGAAACGUCAAGCAAAACAAUUUCAAGUUGGUGAUUACGUUUUGCUAAAUACAAAAUGUUUAACGUUUAAAUUUGAUGAACAAAAACUACCACGAAAACUAAGACCAAAAUAUUUAGGUCCGUUUGAAAUUGUAAAUAAGUUAUCACCGUUGGUAUAUGAAUUAGACUUACCACAAAAUCUCAGAAUACAUCCAAUAAUAAAUAUAUCAUCAUUAAGACCGUUUGUUUCAACACCAAAAGAAUUUCAACAACGAGUAAUCAAUCCGCCAAUAACAAUCACAUAA